GUUGUAAUUGGUCCUUCCUUUCCUGUUUCGGCUCUGCACAGAGACACACAUAGCAAUGGCACCUCGCAAGGGCAAGGAGAAGAAGGAAGAGCAGGUGAUCAGCCUGGGCCCCCAGGUCGCCGAGGGCGAGAACGUCUUCGGUGUCUGCCACAUCUUCGCCUCCUUUAACGACACCUUCGUCCACGUCACUGACCUCUCUGGCAAGGAGACGAUCUGCCGUGUGACUGGCGGUAUGAAGGUGAAGGCUGACAGAGACGAGUCCUCCCCCUACGCCGCCAUGUUGGCCGCCCAAGACGUGGCGCAGAGGUGCAAGGAGCUGGGCAUCACCGCCCUGCACAUCAAGCUGAGAGCCACGGGGGGCAACAGAACUAAGACUCCCGGACCCGGUGCCCAGUCUGCCCUCCGAGCCCUGGCUCGCUCUGGGAUGAAGAUCGGCCGUAUCGAGGACGUCACCCCGAUCCCAUCAGACAGCACCCGCAGAAAGGGCGGUCGUCGUGGGCGUCGUCUGUAAAAUGUUUAUAUUUUUCUGGGUCAAUCAAUAAAACGUCAAUUCCAGCUC